CCUCCCAUACAGGAAGCUGCAUUUCUAACCAGCUAACUGUCAACAAAGGGCAAAACUGAAAGGAGAAAACAGCCCCAAGCAAAAGUCGGCGCGAUAGCUGACUGUUUAUUGGUUGUCUUAUCAGUUAAAUUAACGGAUCUGUGAGGGGAAUCGUGAAUAUGGCGACCACUGCUCAAUUGUUCGAGGAACCUUUUGACGCAGAUGAGUACAUUGAGAGGCUGGCAUGGAGGACUCCAGGUGGAGGCUCUAAAGGAGGAGCUGAGGCUUUUGAUCCCAAAAGGCUGUGUGAUGAAUUUAAGUGCCACAUCGAGGAGCUGAAGCAGCUAGAUGAGAAGAUCCAGCGGAAGGUGGAGAAGCUGGAGCAUCAGUGUCAUCGUGAAGCAAAGGAAUUUGCCCACAAAGUGCAAGACUUGCAAAGAAGCAACCAGGUGGCUUUCCAGCAUUUCCAAGAGCUCGAUGAGCACAUCAGCUACGUGGCCACCAAGGUGUGUCAUCUUGGCGACCAGUUGGAAGGGGUGAACACUCCUCGCCAAAGGGCCGUGGAAGCGCAGCGGCUCAUGACCUACUUCAAUGAGUUCUUGGAUGGCGAGCUACGCAGCGACGUCUUUAAUAACCCAGAGAAGAUUAAGGAGGCUGCUGAUAUCAUUCAGAAGCUGCAUCUCAUUGCCCAGGAGCUGCCGUUCGACAGGUUUGCAGAUGUCAAGGCAAAAAUAGCAAGUAAAUACCAUGACCUGGAGCGGCAGUUGAUCCAGGAGUUUACCGCAGCCCAGCGCAGAGGGGAAAUCGGUCGCAUGCGGGAGGUUGCAGCGGUUCUUCUACAUUUCAAGGGUUAUGCACACUGUGUGGACGUCUAUAUUAAGCAGUGUCAGGAAGGCGCCUACAUCAGGAAUGAUGUGUUUGAGGACACAGCAGCCCUCUGCCAGAGGGUCAACAAGCAAGUGGGCGAGGUCUUCAGCAGUCCAGAGACAGUCAUGGCCAAACUCAUCCAAAACAUCUUUGAAAACAAGCUUCAGGCUCAUGUUAGGGGAAAACUGGACGAGACCCGACAUUCAGAUGUGGAGCAGUACCUAAAGAACCUCUACGACCUUUAUAUCCGGACCACAGCGUUGGCCACAAAGCUGGGAGAAUACAACCUGGGCUCAGAUAAGCACACGUUCCUGUCCAAGCUGAUAAAGAGCAUUUUUUCCUCUUAUUUGGAAAGUUACAUUGACAUGGAAAGGGAAUACCUUCGCACUCGGGGUGCUAUGAUCCUGCAGCGAUACUAUGACUCCAAGAACCACCAGAAGCGUUCUUUAGGUUCUGGCAGUAUUCAAGAGCUGAAGGAGCGGAUCAGACAACGCACCAAUCUGUCACUGGGUCCAAGUAUUGACACCCAUGGGGAGACCUUCCUGUCCCCGGAACUGGUUGUGAACCUGUUACAGGAGACCCGCCAUGCUUUCGAGAGGUGUCACCGGCUUUCAGAUCCCUCUGAUCUGCCCAAGAAUGCCUUCUCUAUCUUCCUCCUGCUGGUUGAACAUCUGUGUGUAGAGCACAUUGACUAUGCCUUGGAGAUCGGCCUGGCAGCAAUUCCCUCAUCUGAUGCAAAAAAUGCCAACUUGUAUUUCCUGGAUGUGGUUCAACAAGCAAACUCCAUCUUCCAUUUGUUUGACAAGCAGUUUAAUGACCAGCUCAUGCCCUUAAUAAGCUCCUCUCCAAAGUUGGCUGAGUGUUUGCACAAGAAGAAGGAGGUGAUUGAACAGAUGGAAGUAAAACUGGACACAGGAAUUGAUAGAACUUUAAACUGCAUGGUGGGUCAGAUGAAGCACAUCCUGACAACAGAGCAGAGGAAAACCGAUUUUAGGCCCGAGGAUGAGAACAACGUCAUGAUCCAGUACACUACUGCCUGCUCCAAGGUUUGCGCCUACGUCAGCCGACAGGUGGACCACGUUCGGAAGUCCAUGGAUGGGAAAAACGUAGACACCGUGCUGACGGAGCUGGGCAUUCGUUUUCACAGACUCAUCCAUGAGCAUUUACAGCAAUUCAGCUACAGCUCGAUGGGAGGCAUGCUGGCCAUCUGUGACGUGGCUGAAUACAGACGGUGCGCCAAGGACUUCAAGGUUCCUCUUGUGCUGCAGCUCUUCGAUACCCUCCACGCUCUCUGUAACCUGCUGGUAGUUGCCCCUGACAACCUGAAGCAGGUCUGCUCAGGUGAGCAUCUGACCAAUCUGGAUCGGAACCUACUGCACGCCUUCGUCCAGCUCCGAGUGGACUACCGUUCAGCCAGACUGGCCCGACAUUUCAGUUAAUGACUCUUUAAAGACUUACUGUUCUCCGUCCAGGGAAAAAAAAA